AUGCCUCCUAGCCGUUGCCUCGAGAUCCUUUGGUGUGAGGCAAUGCAGAACAUCGAGGCCGCUAAGGGUCAAAUCCUUGUCCCCAAUAACAUCGUCCAGAAUGUCCUCGGCAUGGAUAACCUCGAGGAGAUGUACAGGCGAUUGGCCAAUAUGAACAAUGGAGUUGCUUACAUGCACUUCGACGAGUCUUUGGGCGCCUGGUGUCUUAGCACCACAGACAAGUACCGCAAUGAGAGAACGCCGGCUCUGGAACUGCAAGAUUCUAAGCUUCCUCGCAGCAUCAAUAGCCGUUGCCUCGAGACCCUUUGGUGUGAGGCAAUCCUGAACAUCGAGGCCGCUAAGGGUCAAAUCCUUGUCCCCAAUAACAUCGUCCAGAAUGCCCUCGGCAUGGAUAACCUCGAGGAGAUGUACAGGCGAUUGCGCAAUAUGAACAAUGGAACUGCUUACAUGCACUUCGACGAGUCUUUGGGCGCCUGGUGUCUUAGCACCACAGACAAGUACCGCAAUGAGAGAACGCCGGCUCUGGAACUGCAAGAUUCUAAGCUUCCUCGCAGCAUCAAAGAGGUCAGCAAGUCUAUUUAUCGGUCUGCCAACCUGGUUACACCCCCGAAGCCGAAUUGCUUUGUUCUGUAUCGUCAGGCCACCCAGCGUCUUGUCGAAGAGUCCAAUCCCGGCGCGUCCAACGACGUGAUCACCCGCAUCCUUAUCGAUCGCUGGAGCAACGAGCGCCCUGAAGUUCGUGAACGCUACAUUCGGUUGGCUGAUCAGCUGUAG